CUUCCCUUGAUAAAUUAAAAUUAGAUUGUUUAUGGAGAACAACAAAGUCUUUCAAGAUCGCAACGUUAUUGGUAUAUGCGAGUAUAUCACAAGCUAUUGUGAAUUGUAUAUCAAUGCGACAAACAAAAUAUCAUCUUAUUCUGCACGACCACUCUAUACUUUUUUACCAACACUUUUGGUCUAUAUUUUUGGUGCUCCCAAUACAAGAGGUUGGAUUCAGACAGAUAUACCUGCUCCACAAGAACAAGCUAUUAAAAGCUUACUUUCAGUCAAUGGUUCAUUUAUUCAAGCAUUGAAAAAACUAAGCUUUCACUCUGAAUACUCGUAUGAUUUAGUCACCGACAGUCUUCCUGCAGAUGUAAAAAAAGUCCUCUCAGCAGGUGCUAUUCAAUUACUACCUCGAGUCUACAGUAAUUGUUCUUAUGUCAAUAUUGCCUCUCAAUCCAACACUAUUGAUUUACGAGCAGCAGCUACACGACAAUCAACACUACUACCUUCAAAUGCAGGUGGAGAAAGAGUCAUUCGACUCAACAUGAUUCAACUCUAUCUGUUUUAUUUUCUACAUGUACCUACUUGGCCACCAUUGGCUCAACCCACACUGCCACAACCACCAACACCAUCCAAUCCUGGCCUCCAUGCCACGCCCAGAAUACCUUCCCUCUAUAACAAUACAAAUACGACAGUCUCUACUACCACAUCUACCUCAAUUCAAUACCAAAUACUCGGUAAUGUACGAUCCAUCACACUUAGUGUGUACGGUGCUAUCUUUGAGGAAUAUGCAGCCUAUUUUAUGCCCCUGACAUCAAAUGCCACAUUCCCAAAAUUUGUGAAUACUUUCUUUUUGGAUGCCUGUGUUGAAUUAUGGAUCCGUACACCUUGGGUAGCACCCAACCAAAAGUUGAGCACAGAAUUCAUGCAGUUCAUUACUGCCUUUGUCAAAUACAUUACUCGACAUGAUUUGAGACAAUGCAUGCACGGUUCGAAUCCUGUUUUGACUGAAGUGUAUCAAACGGUCAAGAAUGAAUUGUAUAUGUUGAUAUCACGAUUAGCGUUGAAUUGGAGUCACCAUGAUGAUUAUAUUGCAGUCGUUGAACUAUGGGCCAUUUGGUCCGCACCAUGGAAAUUAGGCGAACAACCUACCAGUGCUGAAAAAGUACACUAUGCACCAAUUGCUCAAGGAUGGGUGCCUUGGAUGUUAGAAAAUCUUCCUUUUUAUGUGUUGUUGGUGGACAUAUUCUUACAGCGUACAAGUACAUUUAUGUAUAAAGAUGCCAUGCCACAACCAUCUACAUCAAUGAUAAGCACUACUACAUCAUAUGGAGACCAAACAACCAUUCGAGGCAAUUUACGUAUCUUGUAUCGCAUUAUCAAUGUACUGAAAGCCGAAAACUUAGUGGAUUUUUUGGCUUGUGCUGAACAAGGACUCAAAGCCAUACGACCUGGUGUUGCAUUGAGUGUGGCAGUUAACAGCAUAUCGGAUCCUUUCAAAUACAUUUCCAAUCUCUGUUAUGGUACAGAGCAGAUGGAUUUCCUUGUACUUGAUAAAUUCAAGAUUGCUUUCCAUUUGCUUGGGCAAAUUGAAGGAGAAGUAUGGAGACCAAGAGGACUGUAUUCCAAUGACAUUGAACCAAGAUCUGAAGCAUUACUUAAGACACUCUCUAUGCUUCAUAAUGCAAUUAUGGCACGCAUGGAUAGUAACUCCAAUAAAGCAUCAAGCCAAUUAGUACAAUUAAGAGAAGCCUAUGAAUUAAUACAUACUAUCUUUAAGGUCACAGAUAUGGAUGGAAUAUUUACCGAUGUAUCUGGCUCUUCCAAGACACAAGCAACACAAAAACCACCUCUAGAAAUGUAUAAACCCAAGCUGGCACAAGGAAGCAAAGAAGGAUUUUUGACUCCAGAAGAGAAGAAGGCAGUGAUAGAAGGAAAAAUGUUUUGUUCGUAUGAUAAUAUUCAUGCCAUGGGAAUCAGAGCAAAGACAUUUGUUCGUUCUUACGAAUUUAAAUGGAUGGUGCAGUGGACACUAGAAAAUGAUCCUAAACUAAAUUGUUAUUAUAAUUAUUAUUGCCCUGAAAAUUGGCGGCCCAAGUUUUUUCCCAAAGAACUUACCUUUAGACCAUGGGCUCGCCGAUCAACUUUGAUUUAUACAGUGUUAUUGACGUUGCUACUUAUUUAUACCUUUUUUAAGAUGAUAUGUAAACUUUUAUUCUAA